UCUCUUGAUUUAUCUUCUGCACUACUAUAUUGUUGUGUCAUCUUGCACUAACAAAGGGUCUGACCAGAACCGUCGACCAGACUCUGAAACUCGAGAAAAAAGACAUCGACAAGAGAAAGUUCGAUUCUUUGAGGAGACGGCAGGUGAAGGAAGAGACUGAGGCCUGGGAGAGGAUGGUCGACGAGUACAGAGAGUUGGAGAAGGAGAUGUGCGAGAAGAGUCUCGCUCCCAAUCUACCUUACGUGAAACACAUGUUCCUGGGUUGGUUCCAGCCGCUGAAAGAUGUGAUCGAGAGAGAGCAGAGGCUGCAGAAGAACAAGAGCAAGAAGGUUAGAGCGGCUUACGCUCCCCACAUUGAGCUUUUGCCUGCUGAUAAAAUGGCGGUUAUUGUGAUGCAUAAGAUGAUGGGUUUGGUUAUGUCCGGACAUGAGGAUGGGUGUAUCCAAGUUGUUCAAGCUGCUGUUAGUAUCGGCAUAGCAAUAGAGCAUGAGGUAUGGGGUUAGUAGUUUUAAGUAAGGUGUGUGAAGUAGUUAUAUAUGGUUUCAAAGCGAGAGAUUUUAGUUUGGACAAAACUCAACAACAUGUAAAUUGACGUACUUAUGAACCUUUAAUAUUUUAUUAUAUAUAUUUAACAUUACUGACAUUCAUAAUUGUAUGUAUAUGUGUAAGAUGUAUUGUUGUGUUUUGGAUUGCCUUUUACUUGUUCUGGACAGUAACAUUAUCAGAUGUUGAAUAAAGGAGUCUUUUGCUUUGUGUUAGAGAUGGACAACAUACCUGAAGAUAACAUACAUGAACCCAAAGAACCAAAUCUAAUCCAAAAAAUAUAUAUUAAACACAAACCAAAAUUGAUAAAAGAUCUGAAUGGAUUUGAAAUUUGGUAUAAAAUAACUAGAUUCAAAUUUGAUUCAAACCAAAACAUUCAAUAUUUGAAUAUACCUGAAUUUAUAUUUAGUUAUUUUUAGAUCUAAUAUCAAAAGGAAGAAUGUCCAAAAAAGAAUAAGAAAUCUGAGUGUCGUGGGACAAAAUCAAAACAAAAAUAAAAAUCAAGAUCUUUUACCAGAAAAUAUCAAUGUGUUUGAUCGAAUAUCAAUGUAUUUGACCAAGAGAAAAGGAAUGUCCAAACUCAAUCAAUGUGGCUAGUGUCUAGACAGUAUAAAUACAAUCUCAUUUGUACAACUUUACUCCAAAUAUCACGAAAACUACUCAUAUCAAAGCCUUUAGCCUUGUAUCUGAUUCAGGGUGAAAAGACUAUGAAACUCUUCAAUGUCUCCUUGAUGACCAUUAUGGCCAUCUCGAUAGUAUCUUUCCAAGUACCGUCGAAUACUGAAGCAAGACUGUUAGAGAUAGCAGACAAUCAAAAUCAUUUCAAAGUCACAUAUUUGAAUAAAUUUUUGUCUACGGUACCAGCUGGACACAGUCUUGAUGGACAUAAGAAAGGUAUUGUAAAUGUUCAAGAAAAAAUAUUGAUAAAUAUUAAGGAUUUUGCGCCUACAGAUCCAGGCAACAGUCCUGGUAUAGGACAUCCGAAAAUGGAUGUACAUGCACCACGACACAAUGAUUACUUCAAAGUAGCAAGGGGAUUGAAGAAAAAUGAUGAAUCAACGAAAGAUUUUGCGCCAACUGAUCCGGGGAACAGUCCUGGUAUAGGACGUCCAAGAAUGGAUGUACAUGCACCGCGGCUCGGUGUAAUUUCAAAGUAACAAGAAAACUGAAGAAAAAUGACUGAGUCAAAAAACUUUUGAGCCAAUAUUCAUUAAAAAUAAAAUGAUGUAAUCUUCUUUUUAUUAAAAUAAUAUAAAUUUAGUGUUGAGAUUGGCAUGAAUUUUCAAAUCAAAAAAUUUGAUAUAAAAAUAUUUAAUUUUACAAAAAUGUGAAGUUGUUAUUUAGGGUUCUAUAACUUUAU